AUGCAGACCCCGUCCCUCGUUCAGGUCAUUGCUGCGGCUUUGGCAGCCUCGACGGCUGUCUCGGGCUUCCAGGCCCCAAGCACUAACUCGGUGUCUCGACGGGCUGUGGCUGCGGUUGCCGCUCUUGCUGUUCCUGCCCUGGCGGCACCUCUUGAGGAGGAACCAAAGAUCGUCGAAAUCGCGGCUCGCAACCCGGCCAAGGGAAAGAAAGGCAAGAAGGGAAAGAAGGCCAAGGCCGCUGCCCGUGCUAUCGAUGAGGAAGACGAUGAGGACGACGACGAUGAUGUGACCGAUCUCCAAAGCCGCCAGCCGGCCAAGAAGAAGAAGAAGGGCAAGAAGGCUAAGGCUGCCGCCGCUACCGCUGCCCGUGACGUCGUCGACGAUGAAGAUGAGGACGAUGAGGACGUCGACCUCGAGAAGCGUCUGCCCGCCAAAAAGAAGAAGAAGGGCAAGAAGGCCAAGGCUGCUGCUGCAGCCCGCGCUGUCGCCGAGGACGACGACGACGAUGAUGAGGAGGACGCUGAUCUCGAGAAGCGCCAGCCUGCUAAGAAGAAGAAGAAGGGCAAGAAAGCUAAGGCUGCUGCUGCUGCCCGUGACGUCGCUGAGGAGGACGACGAGGAUGAUGAUGAUCUCGAGAAGCGCCAGCCCGCCAAGAAGAAGAAGAAGGGCAAGAAGGCCAAGGCUGCCGCCGCCGCUCGCGAUGUCGCCGAGGCUCGCGAUGCCGCCGAGGACCUUGACGAAGACGACGAUGACCUCGAGAAGCGCCAGCCUGCUAAGAAGAAGGGCAAGAAGGGCAAGAAGGCGAAGGCUGCUAACUGA